AUGCCCAAAUCAAAGCGCGCCAAGGUCGUACAUCUUACCAAGACGGACAAGAAGGGCAAAGAGCUAUCUUUGAAGCUCUUUGCCAAUGUCCAGGAAGCGGCGGAUAACUUCGAGCACGUUUUCGUUUUCGCUGUAGAGAACAUGCGCAACUCGUACCUAAAGGAAGUUCGUCAAGAGUUCGCGGACAGCCGAUUCUUCUUCGGAAAGACUAAAGUCAUGGCGAAGGCGCUCGGCCAAACGCCAGCAGAAGAGCACCUCUCGAACCUCUCAGAGCUCACCAAGUAUCUCAACGGCAAUGUUGGACUCUUGUUCACCAACCGCGAACCCAGCGAGAUUGUUGAGUACUUCGCCAACUACUCCCAGACCGACUUUGCGCGCGCCGGUGUUGUUGCUACACAGACCUUCACAGUACCCGCUGGCGUAGUCCACUCAAGAGGUGGAGAGAUCCCGGAGGACGAAGACGUGCCCCUACCGCACAGCAUGGAAACUACCAUCAGGAAAUGGGGCAUGCCAACGAAGCUCGACAAGGGCAAGAUUGUGCUGGAUGCGCCGUAUACUAUCGCGGAAGAAGGCAAGGUCAUGAACAGCCAUCAAACAGCGUUGCUGAAGAUGUUCGGUGUAGCGAUGGCAGACUUCAAGAUUGAUCUCAAGGCCUACUACACCAAGGCGUCCGAGUCGGUAACGGAGGUUGGAGCUAUGGAGGAGUAA